AUUAGUUUGUAUUAACUAAUGAUAAUUUAUUCCUUUUUUGUUAUUUUAUCACGCAUGUCCAAUUUCUGUUUUUUUUAUGUGCUGAGCAUGAUGGGAAAUAGAGGUAACGCAUGGGAAUUUUGAGUCAUAAACAAAGAUCCAUAUUAUGUUUUUGAAGUUGUAUUAUAAGUUGCAGUUUUAUUUUCUUGUUGUUUUGGGAUGCUAGAAUUGUAUUUAGCAUCUUUAGAAGCAGAUAAGCAUAUUCCCAAAAAAGAGAUCUUCUGUUCUAAGUGGAAAAAAGGGAUAACACUUCACGCUCACCAGAUGAGGCAAUGUUGUCGAAAUAAAUCAUAAACCAUUAUGACAAGCCGUAUUAUUUCUGGUGACCCGUGAAACAUUUCGACAACACUCAGGAUGGGGCUCAGCGACGAGGAGCCUCAGCACGGCAGCAUGGAGGGCUCUGCUGCUUCGGUAGACGGUUGGAUGAAGAAUCAGUCAAAAAGGGCUAAGCAGCAUAGAGGAACUGCCAAAGGAAAGUUAACACGUAAGCUAGAAAAAUUUUAUGAGCAUGUGAAAGAUAAAGUUGCCUUAGAAAUAUUGGAAGAUAACUAUAAUUUGAUUGUUAAAGCUUUUGAGGAAGUUGAACUAGCAAAUGAAAGUUAUUGCAAUUUACUUGAUGAAACUAGUGAUACUCAAGAAUUAAAGUCUGCAGACAUUUACAUUAAGGAACUUGACGAUAAGAAAUGUGCUGCCCAUGUUUUGUUUGUAAAGAUUAAAGAUGAGAUGCAAAUGAAAGGGGCCAUCAAAGUAAAAUCUAUUGACAUUCCAAAGUUUGAUGGAAAAAUCAGAGACUAUAGUAAUUUUAAAAGGGAUUAUGUCAGACUUAUGCAACCCAACUAUGGAAAAGACCCAUUUGCUCUUAGACAGUGCCUCUCAGGAGAAGCCUUAGACUCUAUUUGUGGGGUCGAGCAUGAUUUUGAUAAAAUGUUUGCACGGUUAGAUGACAUGUACAGUGAUAGUCGACGAGUAAUUGAUGUAGUAAUUGAAGAUUUGAGAGAAAUUGAACCUGUAGUCGAGGGUGAUAGUUUAGGUUUUAUCAGAAUGGUAGACAAAAUUGAGCAAAAUUUUCUUUAUCUAGAUCAGUUGGGUCUAUCUUCAGAACUUAAUACUGCCAAUAUGACAAGUCAGAUAGAGAAACUCUUGCCUCCAACUCAGAAGCGGGAAUGGAUCAAAAUAGCAGAAAAUGUUAAACCUGUUGAAUUAUUUAAAAAACUACUGGAAUACCUUUUGGGUGAAAGGAAAUCCCUUAAGUAUCUGAUUGCCAGUGUAAGGAACCCUGUUAACACUAAAGCUAGAGUGAACUAUGCUGUGUACAAUCAAGAUAGGAUUAGCUCUGACCAUACUGAAGAAUCAGAAAUAAUGAAGAGGCUGUCUGAUGUUGAGAAGGCUGUAACAAAUAUAAAUAACCUUGUGAUCAAGCUUACAGAAGAAAAGAGUGAAGAAAAGAGGUCUAUUGGUACUCUAAGUACACAUUUGAACAGGUGUUGGUAUCAUGGAACAGAUGGACAUGAUAUUUUAGACUGUGCAACAUUUCAGAAGUUAAACAAUAGUGAGAAAUUUGAAAUUCUAAGGAAAAGAGGUAUCUGUUUUAAUUGUCUAAAGGGAAUUCAUGUAUCUAGGAGAUGUUUUAAAAAAUCAAGAUGUUCUGCAACUGAUGCAAAUAAUCAAACUUGUGGGAAGCUCCAUCACACGAGCCUUCAUGAAAAUCAGAUUGUUGGGAGUUCAUACGUCAGCUUGAAAAGAAAUGGAGUCAUGUUCAUGGUCAAUAAGAUUAAAUGUAAUAAUCAAGUAUUAAAUACACUCUUUGAUUCUGGGGCUGACGUGACAAUGAUACGAAAUGAUAUGGCAGCCUCAUUAGGAUUGAAAGGCAAACAUAUACGCUUAGCUGUGACUAAACUAGGAAACCAGACUGUAACAUAUAACAGUAAGGAAUAUGACCUUGUUCUUACUGAUAAACAGGGGAAUAAUGUGAAUAUUACUGCUUAUGGUAUAGAUGAAAUAACAUCAUGUAUAAACAAGGUUAAUCUGUCACAUGUGAAGCAUUUAUUUAAGAGUACUGAUGUAUGCCAAUUGGAUAGACCUCAUGGUAAGAUAGAUUUACUGAUAGGUGCUGACUAUUGCUCUCUAAUCCCUACAGUUAAAGAAACUGUAGGUGAAAAUUUACAACUUAUGGAAUCUCGAUUUGGGAUGUGUGUUCGUGGUAGUCACCCUAGUAUAGCUUGUGCCUCAGGUACUAGGGAUAUUGUAGGCAUCAGAAUAAACCAUAUUUCUGGGAUUAUAUAUGACAAAGAUAUAACUGUUGAACCGAAAUCUGAUAUUAAGGAUCAGAUUGAUAAAUUUUUCACAGUGGAAUAUUUAGGAACAGAAUGUAAUCCUAGAUGUGGUGAUUGCAAAUGUGGCAAAUGUGCAGUGGGUAACAAUGACUAUAGUAUUAGAGGAGAAAGAGAGUUAGCCUUAAUUGAAAAAGGAUUACAAUAUGAUUCAGAAAAAAAACAAUGGUCCGCUAAAUUCCCAUGGGUUAAAGACCCUAAUUUAUUACAGAAUAAUAUCUCUGUUGCUGUUGCCAAAUUAAGGAGUACUGAGAAGAGAUUGCUGAAACUUGGACCAGAAUAUGCUAAAGCUUAUAACAACCAAAUAAGGGAUAUGAUCAAACGUGAUGUUGCACGUAAAUUAACACCAGAUGAAAUAAAAGGUUAUGCUGGUCCUAUUACAUAUCUUCAACAUCAUGAAGUGCUAAAGCCAGGAUCUACAUCCACACCAAUUAGGAUUGUCUUUAAUUCCUCUGCCAAAUUCAUGGGACAAUCUCUAAAUAGCUUUUGGGCCAAGGGUCCUGAUGUUUUGAAUUCCAUGGUGGGCAUAUUACUGAGAUUCCGUGAAGGAGCCAUAGGUAUAGCAGGUGAUAUAAGUAAGAUGUACAACAGUAUUAAGCUUCCUGAAAUGGAGCAACAUGUACGCAGAUUUGUUUGGAGAGAUUUCCAGUUGAAUUGUGAGCCUGAGCAUUAUGUGUUAACUUCAAUGGGCUUUGGUGACAAACCUUCUGGAAUAAUUGCUAUGUUGGCUCUUAAACACACAGCUGAGCUAUGGAUGGAAAAGUAUCCCGAUGCUGCUUCUAUGAUAAUAUCAAAUUCUUAUGUUGAUGAUAUUAUACAAUCAGUUGAGAGUAAAGAGAAAGCUUUGCAGUUGAUUCAGGAAACUGAGAAAAUACUCUCAUAUGGCAAUUUUAAGGUAAAGCAGUGGAUUAUGACUGGUGAUGUUGAUAAGGAUGAUCUAGAUUUUUCAGAGAAUGAAGGCGAUAAAAUUCUUGGUUUAUAUUGGGAUCGUUGGAAUGAUGAAUUUAAAUUCAAAGCAAGGUUGAAUUUUUCUCCUAAAUAUAAGGGUAUACGAACAGGUCCAGAUUUAAAAUUUUCAAAUUUUAUUUGUAACAUUCCUCCAGUUUUAACUAAGAGAAUUGUUAUAAGUCAGAUGUGUUCUGUGUAUGACCCACUAGGUUUACUUCUUCCAUACACAUUGAAAGCCAAAAUAUUAUUACGGGAAACUGUCAGUUGCAGUACCAAGUUAGGAUGGGAUGACCCUUUGCCUGCCCAUAUGAAAGAGCAAUGGGUAGUACACUUUCACAAAUUAUUUGGGAUUGAUUCCUUGUCAUUUGAAAGAUGUAUCAAACCACCCACAGCGAUAGGUCUGCCUAUGCUUGUUAUUUUUAGUGAUAGUUCAUCAAAUGCAUAUGGUGCUGUGGCUUAUGCUAGGUGGAAAAUGAAAUCUGGAAUGUUUGAAAGUAAGCUAAUAAUGGCAAAAGGAAGAAUAGCUCCUACCAGACAACUUUCCAUACCCAGACUUGAAUUGUGUGGAGCAAUUAUUUCAUGCAGACUACGCAAAUUAAUCGAAAAUGAAUUAUCAUAUAGAUUUAGUUCAGUAAUGCAUAUAACAGACUCGGCUAUUGUGAGAGCACAGAUCCAAAAGGAGUCGUAUGGAUUUGGGACUUUUGUAGCAACACGGGUAGCAGAAGUACAAUCGAAGAGUAAUCCCAAUGAAUGGUGGUGGAUUGCUUCUUGUCACAAUCCUGCAGAUUUACUUACUAGACCUAAUGAUCCAUCAGAUAUUAUCAUCAGUUCAUUGUGGAAGUAUGGCCCAAAAUUCAUGACUCUACCCAAAGAAGAGUGGCCAAUAAGUCAAUCUAUUGAAUGUGACUUGCCUGAUAGAGUCCAUGUGAAUUUAACACACUGUCUGAAGGACUCAGAUGAAUGUGUUAUUGAUUUAUCUAAGUUCAAAAAUUACAAUAAACUUAUUGCAGUUACUGGUAGGAUAUUAAAUGUAAUGAAGAUCAGAUCUUUAAAGGGUAUCUUAUUAAGACUUGAACCUGAUAUUCUAAAUGAAGCAUUACAAUUUUGGAUCAGGCAAGCACAAAAAUGUUUUUCUGGUAAUUGGAAACAGAAAUAUCAAAGAUUGGGACCAUACAAGACUGAAAAUGGUAUAAUUAUGGUAGGUCAAAGACUGGAGCAUUGGUUAAAACAAAAUUGGAAUCAAGAUAACUUUAUCCUGUUACCCAGGAAACAUUUGUUUACUAUACUUUAUAUUAGUCAUUUGCAUAAUAUAGAUCAUGCUGGAGUGGAUGUUACACUUAGUAAACUGCAGACAAAGUUCUGGGUUCCUUCAGCACGUAAAGUCAUCAGAGCAGUGAAACGUAAAUGUGUUACUUGUAGGAGAUUAGAUUACAAAGUUGAAGGUCAGUGCAUGGGUCAAGUCGCUACUGAAAGAAUAACUCCAUGUCCAGCUUUCUAUCACACUGCUACAGAUAUCUUUGGGCCAUUUCAAAUAAGAGACAAUGUGAAGAAAAGAACUACUGGUAAAGCUUAUGGUGUUAUAUUUAAUUGCAUGGUUACUCGUGCUGUAUAUAUUGAUGUUGUUGAUGGAUAUGAUACCCAUAGUUUCUUGAAGACUUUUAGACGUUUCACAGCUGUCCAUGGAUAUCCAGCUACUGUUCAUUCAGACUUAGGCUCUCAACUGGUAUCAGCUAGUAAGGAACUUCAAAUAGCUAUAAAUAACUGGAAUAUGUCUGAUAUUUCUGAAUUUGGAACAAAAGGGGGAUUAAAAUGGAUUUUCAACCGUUCAGCUGAUGCAGCAUGGCAAAAUGGUGUUAGUGAGUCCUUGAUCAAAUCUGUGAAAAGAUCCUUAGCCAUGAUAAUUGGAUCUACUCUGAUGACAUAUAGUGGUCUACAAACUAUAUUUUUUGAAAUAGCAAACCUCAUGAAUGAAAGGCCUAUUGGAUUAAAACCUGGUAUGGAUUUAGAAUUAGGAACUUACUUGUGCCCAAAUGAUUUGCUUUUAGGCAGGGCAAGUAAUCAUGCACCAUGUGGACCAUGGAAAGAUUCUUUCAAUACAAAGAGAAGGUUAGAUUAUAUACAAAAUGUUGUUAAUACAUUUUGGCGUAAAUGGCAAAGAGAUUAUUUCCCUACAUUAAUUGUUAGACAAAAAUGGCAUACUGAUAAAAGAAAUCUGCAGUCUGGUGAUAUUGUGUUGAUACAAGAUUCUAAUACAGUUAAAGGAAAAUGGAAAAUGGGACAAGUUGUAAAAGUAGAAAAGGGAAGAGACACUAAAGUUCGGGAUGUGAGUAUUAGAUAUAAAGUGCAGAAACCAGGUAAAGAGUACAAAGGUCAGUCUGAUACUAUCAUUAGAAGAUCAGUCCACAAGCUGGUUGUAUUAUUACCGGUGGAAGAACAAUGAUUGUGUGGGGGAGUGUAUCAUUAGUUUGUAUUAACUAAUGAUAAUUUAUUCCUUUUUUGUUAUUUUAUCACGCAUGUCCAAUUUCUGUUUUUUUUAUGUGCUGAGCAUGAUGGGAAAUAGAGGUAACGCAUGGGAAUUUUGAGUCAUAAACAAAGAUCCAUAUUAUGUUUUUGAAGUUGUAUUAUAAGUUGCAGUUUUAUUUUCUUGUUGUUUUGGGAUGCUAGAAUUGUAUUUAGCAUCUUUAGAAGCAGAUAAGCAUAUUCCCAAAAAAGAGAUCUUCUGUUCUAAGUGGAAAAAAGGGAUAACACUUCACGCUCACCAGAUGAGGCAAUGUUGUAAGUUUGAUUUCUUUAUAAUUUGCAUUAAUAUUUUGACAUAAUUUUAUUUUUCUUGGAAAUUCAUAUGAGUGAUUUGGUAUUUGUUUCAUUUGUUGUGCCCAUGUUAUAAGAUUUGUGUUAUUUGUGUGUUAAUGUUUAUUGCAGGUCGAAAUAAAUCAUAAACCAUUA